AUGACCUACGCUGGAGGAAAUCUGGACGGGUUUGACCUCACGUUCCCUAGUCCCGGCUCUCCGCCAGGCAUGUCCUCCUCCAAGUCUUCCAAGGCCUCUUCGCUGCGCUCCCUCAACUCCGACGAGGAUGAUAGCGUCACCGCUGACGUCGGUCACUUCGAGGAGAUUGGGCUCGAAGACGACGCCGUCUCCAUCGACUCCUCCUACCUACGAGACACCCAGGUCAAGUCGAACCCGAACCCUUACAGCGCCACCUUCACUGCAGACCUCCGUGCAGCUUCCGCCCGGCAUGUCGGCCCAAAGAUACACCCCAACGGCCGCGAUCUCGCCCGGCUUCGGCCGCAGCGUGAUAUCACGUCCAUCACAAAGACCCGACCGCCCGCGCCAUCAUCCCUGGGUACACAGUUCCGCGACGCCAGUACUCGGGGACUCGGCAUUGGCAGUGGUCCCGAGCCACAGCUAGGUCCGCAGCCGGUCCGUGGUCUUUCGGCACGGUCCGCCUCUUCGGCAAACGCGACUCGCCGACGUCGAAGCCUGAGCCCCAGCCUUCCCCAUCGGUCUCUGAGCCCGCUAGAUCCCAACGCAGUGGCCAAACCACAGCGGAGCAGUUCGCACUCGCGAAGGGAUCCCAAGCUGACUUUGGAUUUUGGGAAGAACUCCGAGAAUGACGAUGACGACGAUGACAACAUUCCCGACGGCCUGAUACUGGAUAACGUUCCCCCGUCCCCCCGGCCGCCAACGGAACGGUCAGCCAGCCGUGCAUCUUCGGCUGCAACCUCGCCAGAGCGACAGCCAAGGGAACGAAUUCGUAGCGUAGGCAACGGCACCCCGCCAGUUGCCGUCCAUCACGGUUCAUUGAGGUCACCCUCUUGGAAAUCAGACUAUGCCAUCGACAGCCCCAGCUACCGUGCCUCGUCUCCAAACACGGGUCGUGCCAAGAGUUGGACUGCUGCUGUCUCGACACUAAGCGCCGAAGCGAAGGCCCUCACCGAGAAGCUCGAAGAGCAUGCUGAUGAGCUGGACAGGCAUGGUGUGCGUCACUCAACCUGCGACCGCCCGAAUAUGAAGCCACGAGUCAAGUCGGCCCUCGCCGAAUUGCCUCCUCUCCGAAGAACCAACAUCAUGAUCGACCCCCUACCUGUGUCAAAGGAGAAGGAAGCGGUUCUGUCCCGAACGAGACCUUCGUGGCUGCCACCGAAGAAUCCUGCCGAGGAGAAAAAGCACGUCAAGCAGUACCAGAAGAUGAUGGCCAGCAGCAUCGAAGCCGAGAAGAAGCGCGAGGCAGAUCGGAAAGAGAAGGAAGAAAGUAAAGACAAGGCUGCAAACGCUCUCAACCACGUGUGGGACGGCAUCCUCAAGCGAUGGGACAGUGCUAUUCGCGAGCAGCGAACACGGGAGCUGUGGUGGGGUGGAAUAGCGCCCAGAUGUCGAGGGGCCGUGUGGCUACGCGCCAUCGGCAACGAGCUGGGACUGACAGAGGCGUCGUUCAAUGCCGCUCUGGCCAGAUCUCGCGAGGUCGAGAAGCGGUCUGAGCAGGGCAAAGCCAGCACCGAGGACGAUAGGCGCAUGGCCUGGUUUACUCUGAUCAGGACGGAUGUUGAGCAGCGGGCCUGGGUCGACCUCAAGAUCUUUCAAUCCGGUGCUCCCCUGCACCAAGGUCUGGUUGAUGUGCUUCGUGCGUACGCCAUGUACCGAAGUGAUAUUGGCUACGUGACCGGCUCUCAUACCAUCGCCGCGCUCCUACUGCUGAACCUCGACACGCCUGCCGCAGCAUUCAUCGCCUUGGCCAACGUUUUGAACCGGCCACUGCCUCUGUCGUUUUACGCCUCUGAUUUGGGUGGUCAGGCGUCUGCGUGUUCACUCGUGCAUCGGGCACUGGCGGUGAAGUCGCCCCAGCUUGACCGGCAUCUCCGCACUCCAGACAUUGGCCUCGGCUCUGACUGGUACCUUGGGGACAUAUUCACGACUGUCUUCAGCGGGCACCUCUGCCUCGACGAGUGCACCCGACUGUGGGAUGUGUAUGUUUUCGAGGGCGACAAUGUCCUCGUUCGUGCUGCUGUUGCACUCCUCCUGGACAGAGAGAUGCCGCUGCUUGGUGCUAGCACGGCUACAGAGGUACAGAAUAUUAUUGAGAACCGUUCGUCCGUGGUAGCGCAAGGCGGAGACGACCAGUGGAUGGCCAGGUUGCGGGAUGCCGGCCAGCGGUGA